CAAAGGCGGCUCUCAGUCGUGAAGAGGAUGCCCCGAGCUACGGACGUCGAGUCGGCGUCGCUCCUGCCGACCGAGAAGCACGUCUCGUACCAGACGACGACGGCCAUCAAUGACCCGCGCCUCGACAAGGCCGCGCUCCAUGUGGCGCGCCAGAAGGACGCGGCCUACCUCUUCAAGUUCAUCAUCAUGGCGCAGAUCUUCGUCUACCUCGAGGCUGGCGCUGUGCCCGCGCUCCUCGUGCAGUUUACAGAAACGUUUGAGCUCACGCCGCAAGACCAAGGCCUCCUCGGCGCCAUCGUGUACAUUGCGCUCUCGCUCGGCUCGCCGCUCUCGGGCUACCUCUUCCGGCGCUUCUCGCCCAAGGUCGUGCUCGGCUUCAGCCUCGUCCUCAACAACGCGUGCGUCUUCGUCUUCGCCUUCACGCCUGUGAACCACUGGUACUCGAAGCUGCUUUUGAUCUUCUUCCGCGGCCUCAUUGGCUUUACGCAAGCGUUCUUGUGCGUCUACGCGCCGCUGUGGGUCCACGAGUUUGCUCCCAAGUCGCGCCGUGGGCAAUGGAUGAGCUACCUCCAGGGCGCCGUGCCCAUGGGCGUCACGGUCGGGUACCUUCUCGGGUCCGUCACGGUCUGGGUGGGCGAAAGCUACAUGGGCUGCGGCACCUUGUUUUGCUGGCGCUGGCCGUUCCUCUUCCAAGUGCUCCUUGUCUUGCCGCUCGCGCUCGGUAUCUUUGGCAUUCCGGACGACCACAUUGUGAUGCGUCCGUCGCGGCGCGAAUCCAUCUCGUACCUCGAGAACGAGGACGAAGACGAGUAUGACUCGUUCUUUGACGAUGGCAAGAGCAACUGGAGCAACAUUUGCACGCUCCUCCGCAUUCCCGUGUUUACGUCGAUCGUGCUCGGGCUCUCGUCGCUCUUCUUCUGCGUCACGGGCAUCCAGUACUGGACGACGCUCUUCCUCACGACCAACCUCGACGACUCGGCCUACACGAUCCACCUCGCGUACCUCGUCGUCUCGGGCACCGGACCGAUCCUCGGCGUCGUUUUUGGCGGCAAGCUCAUCGACUACAUUGGCGGCUACGCCGGCCCGGUCCAGGAGGCCAAGGCGCUCCGCAUCUGCAUGGUGCUCGGCGUCUGUAGCGUCGCCGCCGCGCUCCCGAUUUCUUUCUCCAACAACACAUUUGUCAUCGCGGUGCUGCUCUGGACGAUGCUCUUUUGUGGCGGCGCACUCCUCUCGCCGUGCUCAGGCAUCGUGAUUGCGUGCGCGCCGCCGCAUCUGCGCCCGCUCGCGUCGUCGGUCGCGUACACGUCGUACAACUUUCUCGGCUACGCGGCCUCCAACUACAUUCCGGGGCUCGUCAUGAACAUCAUUAUGGUCAACACCGAAAUGGGCGCGUCAGGGGCGCCAGACGAAGCGUACAUGUACCGCAUCGGCUUCCGCAUCGUCACGUGGUGGAGCGUCUUUGCGUUCGCUUGCCUCGUCGUCGGCUAUGCGGCGUCCGCGCGCAAGGCCAAGGCGCUCGCAGGAAAUGCGCCGGCCCACUCGCCCUAUUAACCCUACCCUACUACAACGACUAUAGUGUACUAAUGCCAAACAAGAUAUAUUCGAUCGCACG